ACAUCGCCCCUUCCUCUCCUUUUUAAAACAUGAAAUUCUGCCUUCUUGCUGUCGCUGCUGUUGCUCUCUUGAAACUGGCUUCGGCCGACGUUCCGUCCAUUUACACUUGUCAACAACGUUAUACUGUUGCUACAAGUGAUGAAUCAUGCACUGAUGUCGCCAACAAGUUUGACAUUUCCACCAAACAACUCGUUCAAUGGAACAAGGAUUUGAGAGUUUCUCCCGAAACUGCUUGCAGUGCUCUCGAAGCAGGUAGCGAAUACUGUGUCAAGGUAAUAACGAAUAUUGACGCACACUAUUGUAUCUUUUUAAAUAAUUUUCAUACUUGUACAGGCCGUUAUCAACAAGCGUUCGCUAUUGACUCGACGUGCCGUCAAAAAGACUAACGGCAAGAAAUCGUCCAAGAAACCUGCCAAGAAGUCUAACAAAAAAUCCACCAAGAAGCCCAGCAAGAAGCCUACCAAGAAACCUGCCAAGAAGCCUACCAAGAAGCCUGCCAAGAAGCCUG